GGUUCACGAAUUGAAACAAAGGCGCACAGGCAGGAAAAGAAGCCCACUCAGGCCCAGUUAUCCAGACUCCAAAUCCUGUUCUUGUUCAUUCUUUUAUUCUCUCAUUCAUCGCAAAAAAAUGUACCACAUGUCCCACGUGUGCCAGGCACGGGACGAGGCCCUGAGCACAUGGUGAUGGCAAAACAGCUCAGUGCCCCUCGCUGUCUCUCUUCUCUCAGCGCAGCGAACACUGAGGCAGGCCUACUUAAGAGCUCCGGGAACCCACCUCCAGGAUUUCUAACGGACUCAGCGAUCCCACCAACACCUCUGCCAGAUGGCUUUUCCCUGCCGCAGGUCGAUAAAGAACCCCAAGACUCUGACCAGCCUUCUGGUGGGUGUGAGUUUCCUGGCCCUGCAUCUGUGGUUUCACCAAGUGCCCAGCUUCCAGCAGGAGAAGAGGGGGGGUGGCUCCCCCCACGCUGCCCCUGUGACCCCUGAGGCCCCUGCUGCCGCGCAGCCUUCGGUGGUCAGUUCAGGGCCCCCGUGUGUGGCCAACGCCUCGGUGAACGCCACGGCCGGCUUCGAGCAGCUGCCCGCGCGCAUCCAAGACUUCCUGCGCUACCGCCACUGCCGCCACUUCCCGCUGCUCUGGGACGCGCCGGCCAAGUGCGCGGGCCGCCACGGCGUCUUCCUGCUGCUGGCCGUGAAGUCGUCGCCCGCCAACUACGAGCGGCGCGAGCUCAUCCGGCGCACGUGGGGGCAGGAGCGCAGCUACGGCGGGCGGCCGGUGCGCCGCCUCUUCCUGCUGGGCACGCCCGGGCCCGAGGACGCCGAGCGCGCCGAGCGGCUGGCGGCGCUGGUGGCGCUGGAGGCGCGCGAGCACGGCGACGUGCUGCAGUGGGCCUUCGCCGACACCUUCCUGAACCUCACGCUCAAGCACGUGCGCCUGCUGGACUGGCUGGCGGCGCGCUGCCCGCACGCGCGCUUCUUGCUCAGCGGCGACGACGACGUCUUCGUGCACACGGCCAACGUGCUCCGCUUCCUGGAGGCGCAGCCGCCCGACCGCCACCUCUUCGCCGGGCAGCUCAUGGACGGCUCGGUGCCCAUCCGCGACAGCUGGAGCAAGUACUUCGUGCCGCCGCAGCUCUUCCCCGGGCGGGCCUACCCCGUGUACUGCAGCGGCGGCGGCUUCCUCCUGUCCAGCCACACCAUCCGGGCCCUGCACACGGCCGCUCGCCACACGCCGCUCUUCCCCAUCGACGACGCCUACAUGGGCAUGUGUCUGCAGCACGCCGGCCUGGCGCCCAGCGGCCACGAGGGCAUCCGGCCCUUCGGGGUGCAGCUGCCCGGCGCCCGGCACCCCUCCUUCGACCCCUGCAUGUACCGCGAGCUGCUGCUCGUGCACCGCUUCGCGCCCUACGAGAUGCUGCUCAUGUGGAAGGCGCUGCACGACCCCGGGCUGAGCUGUGACCGGGGGCGCAGGGUCUCCUGAGGCCGGCUGGGCCGCGCUGGGGGGAUGAGCAGCCUCCAAAUGUGACGUUUUCCGUGGUGAGAAUGCAUCUUCCCUGCUCCGGAUACCUUCUAUCCUACCCAUCUUGGUGCAGCUGAAUGCCAGCUGCACGUUGGAAUCAUCUGGGUGGGGGGAGGGGGGGUAUGGAAAAUACCUCAGUCCUGGUCGCAUCUCCACAGGUUCUGAUUGCAGUGAUCUGGGAUGCCCUCAGACGUCUGGGUGUUUGUUAAGGUCCUCAGGUGACUCGAAUGUGCAGCUCAGAAUGGAGCCCACUGGGUUAGGAAUGUCCGUUAUCCUUCCAAACCCACCUCCAUUGCUCCCUCUUGGAGCCGUCUAGGGCGCCUAGCUCCUGCACUCUAGUCACUGUGGGCAAUGGAGCAAGGGAGGUGUCGGGGCCAGGAUCCAAUGUUACCUGUUGGGUGCAGCACACAUACGAGUUGUCACUUGUAUCAUUUCCUCCACAAAUGAGCAGAGCUGGAACUGGAGCUGAACUGACAGUCAUGCGAUGGAUUCCCCUCCCCCGGAAGUCAGUCUACACUAAAAAGCAACACACUAGAGUCAGAGCUGAGAGUGUCUGAGAGUGUCUUCCUCCCACCCAGUUCUCUCCCACCCACUGUGAGGUCAGAAUCUCUGCGUGCAAAGUGGGAACCGAGGCCGGGUCAGGGCAGUGACUAAUCCAGGGCCAUGUCGUCCCCUCCGUGCUGACCCGUCCGUUGGGGCCCCACCCAGGCAUGCUUGCCCCACCAAUACUCACUCCCCGGGGUCAGAGAAGCCUCUGCAUCUUCACACAAGCACUGAUCCGUCUACUUGAAAUGUCCUCUGACCCCACCACCAUCCCUGUCUUUUGCGUCAGUCACAAUGCCUGCAGGGGAGGCUGCCAGCCCUCCACCAAAAUCUGCUACCCCCUUCCUCCUGACACUCUCCAGACCACACUUCCCAGCCCCCGUUGCAGCUGGCGCGGCAGUGUGACCAGGCUCUCUCCCAUGGAUGUGUGUGGACGCGAUGAGGACCACUCCCGGACCCGGGCUCACCUGUGCUCGCUCUCUCCUUCCCCUGGAGUGGAACAUGGAUGGGCCUGUGACCCAUCCCUGACCUCGCAGAUGAGGACAACAUCCCAAGCUGGAGCUGGGGUUCUCGACCUCGGCACUGCUGACCUUUUGGGUUGGGCAGCUCUUUGUUGUGGGGGCUGUCCUGCGCUUUGGAGAACAUUUAGCCGUGUGUCCUGUCCUCUGCACACUAGAAGCCAGCAUCACACCCAGAAUCACGACGACCAAAUAUACCUCUGAACAUCGCCAAAUGUACCCUGGUGGGCAAAUUCGCCCCUGGCUGAGAUCCUCUGGCCUAGAGGAAGGCAGAAAAACAAGAGCGUCUCUCAGUUGCUGCCUAGAGCAGAGCUGCCCAUGGACUGACCUGGAAUACUCAGGCCCGACUAUGGAGAAGAACAAUGUAAACUUUUAUGUGUUUUCAGCCUCUGGGGUUUUGCAGGCUCUUUGCUACAGCAGACUUGCCCCAUGUAACCUAACGUGUCCUCUCUGCUCGCUUGUUUCUCCCCAAUCAGACUGGCUGCCCCCAGAGAGAGGGACCACGCCUGAUUCACAUCGAGCUGGCACAGAUUGGCUCCGAGGGGACCAAAGGCAAGUCCUGCCACGCCCACUCUGGGAACCUGAGCAGGCCAGCUCACCUCUGAGCCCCUCUGUCCACGCUGAUGAUCCAUGGAGGGAGGGCAUGCAAUCGCAGCCCUGGUAUCACCUGGACUCACCCGGCCUCGCCCGGCUCAUCUGGCUCUUGCGCCCCGCGGCCACCAGGGGGCGCCCUCCACCCACGUUUUCCGCGCGGAGGCGGGCGGCGGGUCCUUGGGUCGGUGCAGAGUCGGUGCAAAUUCCGGCUCCGGGAGCCUGUGCUGCCGACUCCCUUUACUGGGCCUGCGAACUGACAAGGGCCCCCUGAGCAUGGGAAAUGAUCCUGUCUCCCUCGCAAACACAGGCGCAAAGUCCUACACGAAAUGCCAGCAGACGGAACGUGGUACUGCGUAAAAAGGGUAACAUCAGCACCUCGGUGGGUUCAUCCCCGAAAUUCGAGGUGGGGCUAGCGUUAGAAAAGGAAUCGGAAUAUACGAAGAAAAGAGGAAGAUCUGUCGAUGUGGUACAUCACACCAAGAGAAAUAUGAGUACCUCAGAUGAGGGAGAAAAAGAGAAUUUUUGAUAAAAAAUAUCCAUUCGUGAUUUUAAAAAAAUCUUAGUACAAGGUGAAAGCAUUUCCUCUAAGAUCUGGAACAAGACCAGAUGUGCCGUCAUCACCACUUCUGUUCAACAUUGUCCAAGACUUGAGAGCACAGCAAGGCAAGAUAAAGCUUCAAAAAUAUAACAACUUGAAAAAAGAAAGAAAAUGAUCAAAACCUCAGAGGUUUGCAACCAUAUCAGAUCCAAUUUCCCCUUUCUGUAACAAAUUGAUGCCGUACUCCCUAUCCUGAAAUGGAAUUCUUAGAUAACAUAAUCUGUCCACACAGACAUUUUCAAAAAGUCGAUAUAAUUUUUAAUUGUAAUGUAAAAGAUUAAUAAGAAAUACUUUAAAAUAAAUAGUAUGAAUUUUGA